GAUUAACUUUCUAUAAAAGCCAUAUCCAUCUUAGCCAAAUUAACCACAAUGAUUUCGUCACGCUGCCUGCCCUCGCUGUUGCUCCUCCUCAUCCCCAUCCUGGGAUGGACUCCCUUUGCUGCCGGCAGCGUGGCGAUAGAGCCCCGCAUCAUUGGUGGCCAGGUGUCCAGCAUUAAACAGGAGAAAUACCUCGUGCAGGUGACCACAGCCACGGAGCUGUGCGGCGGAUCCCUGAUCAAGCCGCGUUGGGUCAUCACAGCGGCCCAUUGUGUGUACAAAAAGAACAAGGCUGAUUUCAAGGUCUACGGCGGUGCCUCCAAUCAGGCAGGACCCCAUGCCAUUGUCCGCCAGGUGGAUUAUGUGGCCAUUCGUCCGGAUUUUAAUAUCAAGACCUUGAACAUGGACGUGGCAGCGUUGCGUUUGACAUCGAAUAUGACGGGAGCCAAUAUAGAGACCAUUGGCCUGGCUACCCAACCCGUUCCAGCUCGCGCCUUGGUCAAGAUUUCCGGCUGGGGACUCACAACAGCCGAUGCCACAACGACCGCCACGCGUGUGCACAGUGUCAUAGUGCCCAUGUGGUCCCGAGCCUCCUGUGUGUCAGCCUUCAGGGGCGUCCAUCGCAUCACCCGCUCUAUGGUGUGCGCUGCCAAGUUGUACCAGAGGGAUUCCUGCGACGGCGACUCGGGUGGGCCGCUGGUCUAUCGUGGACAGUUGGCUGCGAUCGUGUCCUAUGGCUAUGGAUGCGCCUCCUCGCUGCCGGGUGUUUACACCAGUGUCCCAGUCAUCCGGGAGUGGUUCCUGCGCAUCGUGAAGCAGCAUUCCUAA